AUAAGUCAGUGAAUCUAGCUAUCGUCUGUAUUGGUAAUACUGCAGGUUUAUGAUGAGAGAAACACGGCAAGUGUUCGUAUAGCCAAAGUUUGAUUUAGUGCUUCCUCUAGUGUAUUUUAAGAUUUUGUCAGAGCAACCUUGUGAUUACAUCUUGUACCUAUAUUUGAUAUAUGUACACUGUUUUAGCUGUUAUGUGUUAGAUCUGUACACGACCAAGAAUCAUUAUUCACACAAAUAGCAGGCAAAAUGGCUUCCUUCCGUUCAGAGAUUCACAUUCCAAUCAAAAAGGAUGACUUGAAUUUCCAAGAUAGACAGAUACAGAGAUGGGGAGAUAUGGAAACCCAAAUGGAACAAAGAAAAAAGCAAUGGGAGGGCGAGUUUGAGAAAAUGAGGAAAGACUUCUUUACUUUGAAACCUUCAGAGAAAUUAGACCAAAAUAGACGAGAAAGUGGGCAGUUUGAUAGUUUAAAAUCUUUUUAUGAAGUAGACAGUGACGGUGUAACAAAAUUUAAAGUCAGAUUUGACGUUAGUGAAUUUCAACCCGAGGAAAUCCAAGUUAAAAUGCACGACAAUAAGAUAGCAAUUAACGCUCGCCACGAGGAGAAAAGUACAGCCUCUCAGAUUAGUCGUGAAUAUAGUCGUCAGGUUGACAUCCCCCACGACGUGGAUCAGGAUAAAUUACAAUGUUUAAUGAGUAGGGAUGGUAUUCUGUGUGUCGAGGGCCCCCUAUUACAACAGUCGAUACUAAAACAAACGGUUUUACCAAUAAAGUCAGAUUCACCCAAAUCACUCGAGGUUGGCACACCAGUCAAAAAUCCAAUUAUUACCGAUGCAGAUGGUACUCGAAAACUACGACUUCAGGUUGAUGUUGGUGAAUUUAGCCCUGAUGAAAUCAUUGUUAAGACGAUGGAACGGAAGUUAAUUGUACAUGCCGAACACGAAGAGAAGACACAGGGGCGAACUCUCCAUAAAGAAUUCAAUAAGGAAUAUGAUUUACCAGAAAGUGUUGAUCCUAAUACAAUCACGGCUUAUAUCGGAGAUGAUAAGAAUUUGACAAUAGAAGCUCCUUUAAAAGCCAUUCAACGUAAAGCCUACUCCGUUACCCAAAGUCAUGACGUACAAAAAGUUGUAGUAAGUAAAGAUUCAUCAGUAACCAUUACUGAUGGACGGAAUCGACCCAUGGUUACAAUAAGUGUACACAGACGAUGAACACAUUCUCAGUAUCAAAUAUGGCGACACUUCCGGUAUUUUAUCUUUACGAAUUGGAGUGUUCUUUUCGAUCACACUAAACAAAUAAUCUAUUUAAGUAGACACAUAUUUAAAACUUUUCACCCUUUGUACACCCGAACGUCCUUGAAUUAAAUGGAAUAUAUUAUAUUAUUGUGCUUUGAGAUUCCAUCCUUGUUUUAUGUUUUUGCCAAAUCAGACAAUCUUGACAACAUAUUCCUAGUGGAUAAGUGAAUUUUGAAUAACUAUGAUGUGUUUGUGUUGAUAUAAUAAGAAACAAUGUUAUGUGAGAUAUCUAAUGAAAGUCAAUUUGCUUUGUUAAAAAGACAAAAACAACUGUAUUGCAGUGCUUGUUUUGAAUGUGCAUAAAAAUAGACUCAAAUCAAAUGGGUAAUGAGCCAAAAGGGGUAAUUUUACCAUCAGAUUAAUUUAUGUAAAUGUGAUAUUCAAGCCGUUGUGAUUAUCAAAUUUAUAUCCAUGUGUAUUUAAAUAGCUUUUAGGGGGUGGCCUAAAUAUAGUAUUGUUAUAAUAACUUAAUAGCACGUAAAGCACUAGUUUAUUAUCCAACUCUAAACCGAUAUUACUUGACAUACUCACCUGACGUAUUAAAUCUCACCUUGCCAGAUUCUCAAACAUUUAAAUGUUCAAAUUGUUACCAUUUGUGGGUUGCUAUAGGAACAUGGUUGCCAAAUAUUUUAGAAGUGACGUGUAUUUGGGAUUAAAUUAGAGCUCCGAGGAAUUGAGUAGUAAAAAAUGAAGAAAAUCUACCAGGAGUACUUGAACUUAUCUAAUCUUCUAGAACCUCGGUCGUACAUGUGUUCACCAUCCUGUUAAAGGCGUCGACAAACUAACAAGGUAGAACUUUGAUAGAAAAGAGAAUUGGUAGAUUGUGGUUACUGUAAGAUAAAUGUUUCUUGCUGUUCUUGGCAAAUUAUUGAAGGUCUUUUAAUGAUUUACAAAAUAGACUAAGAAAUGAACUCAAUGUUACGUAACACCGUCGUGCGUAAGCAAAGGCUGGUGAAUAAAAACUUGUUAAACAUGCAUUAUGAAAGAGCUAAAUCUGCCUAUUGUUGGUUUUUCUUUAGGCUUGAAAUGUUAUAUGAAUUAUUAAAUCGACAUUAACUUACCAAGACCUUAAUCAACACUCGAUGCCAUCAAAUAGUAGAUUCAAAUACGUUUUGUGGUGGAUGCGAUUACCGUAAAAAUGGAUAAUCGAGACAUUGUUUAUUAUCGUAACAACGGUAGUAAUGACAAUCGAGGCUAGCCUAUAAUUGUAUAGCUAAUAUCUAGGCUCAGAGUGAAGUAUUUUGAAUCAUAUUCUCUUUUCAUUAUCUAUUUUUAACUAUUAUAGCGAGAAAACGGGCACUGCAAGCUCUUUAUCUAAUAUUACCUGAUGCCGCUUUCAGUUAUACCCCGCAAAGCUCUAAAAAUCAAUUAGUGGUGGUUCCAAAUGCAUAUGGUAAUUUAUAAAGUGGAAUAACAUUGUGUUGGGCAAAAAUAUUUUUAUUGCAGUAAUAGUAAACAUAAAGCCUAUUUAACUCAUUAAUACAUAGAUAUAGUAAAUACUAAUAAUUAUUUAAUACACUAAACAGUUUAAUAAUGAUGUUGAUGUAAGCAACAGAUUAUUGUUGGUAACAUGCCGACAGUAUUUAUGGUAAAUAUAAUUCGAGCCACAACUCUAAUACAUUCAUAAUACAACUUGGCGAGUAAUAAUAAUGAAGAGUAAACUUGUGCCAAUUGACUCAUUAAUGUGCAUUUACAGGCAUACUCCACAUGAAGUACAUGUCAAGGCAGAUACGUACGUGUAGUUUUAAAGGAGACAACCAAUCGGUCAACACUGUAGACAAAUCCUUUUCGACCAGAUAUUUUUUUAUUUGUUCUUUUAAGGUACAUGAUGCAAUCCAUGUUUUCUCAAAUCGCCCCCUUCUUUAUCAACCCCACGAUUUAAUGUGUGUUUUAAGUAAUUUGAGAUGGGGCGGGGGUUAAGAUAACGUCGAGUUUGGGUUGAUUACCCGAAGAUUUUAUAAAAUUAGACAUAAAUAUCUACCAAGACUCAGUCUUUUUAUCUACCUGUAUGUAUAGGCAUUUCUCCUUUCAAUAUUAUCGACUCGACUUGAACAUACAAUUAGAGUUUAGAUAACAAUUGCUUCUUUAUUUUUGGUGAGUUAAAUUGAACAUUAUAAUCAAGUUUCUGUAUAUCUUUUUGUUAAUUUAUUUUCACUUAAAGUUUUUUAAUCCCUUCAAGCGUCUGUGUAUUUUAACUGCAUGUAUUGAAUCUUACCUCGAUCUUAACUAUCUUUCAAUAUGUAUUAUUCUUUUCUUGAUACCACUAUCUUAUCUUCUUUACCCCCAUCUUUUUUCCCCAAGAUAUCUUCACUUUACCUUUCAAUCUUUGAUAAUGAUAUCUUGACUUUGGUCUUAUCUUUAUUUAUAUCUUUAUCUUUCUCUCACAGAUAUCUUUUCUUUAUCUAUUUUUAUUUCAUUGAUGUCUUCGCUGUAUCGAUAUCUGUCUUUAUUUCCUUAAAUCUCUACUUUCUCUUUAUUAAAAUGCCCCUCCUUCCUUGAUAUCUCUACUCAUCUUUAACCCAAACAUCUCUCCUUUCUUGAUAUCUGUAUUCACAUUGGUCGUAUCUUUAUCUCAAACAUUUCUAUUUUCUUGAUAUCUUUAUUCACCUUUAUAUUGCCAGCCAGUGAAUAUAUCGAUACUGCUUUCUAAUUUAAUGGAUAAAGAGCUCUUGCACUAUUAACCAUCUCUAAAUUGAAGAAUAUAACGUAUAUAUGGAUAUCAGUAUUUAUGUAUAUCUUAUGUGUGUAUAUAGUUGUAUAGAUGUUGAAAAAGUAUUUAAGUUAAGCCAGUUACUUGUUGUUCUUAUAUUUUAAAUUUUGUUUUUGAUGUUAGAUAAUAUGUUGUUAAGAUAUAUAUGUCAGGCCACGUUAUUCUAUGUGCAAUUUAAUACGAAUAAAAUAUUAGAAAGAUAGG